AUGGACGGCUCUACUCUCCCUUACACCUGCAACACCUGCCUCGUUGCGUUCCGUAGCAGCGAUGCGCAGCGGGACCACAUGCGCACAGAUUGGCACUUGUAUAACAUGAAGCGUCGAAUUGCGUCUCUCCCUCCAGUGUCCCAGGAAACCUUCAACGAAAAGGUCCUCGCCGCCAAAGCCACCACCACUGCCGCCGCCGCCAAGGCCUCGUUCGAAACCACCUGCGUCGCUUGCCAGAAGACCUUUUACAGCGAAAACUCCUACCAGAACCAUGUCAAGAGCUCCAAGCACAAGGCCCGCGAGGCCCGCAUGAACCGGGACAAUGCCGACGACUCUUCCUCCGUCAUGAGCUCGACCUUCUCCCUGGGAGAACCCAUCAACAAGCCCCGCGUCGGCGAGUCCGAGGUUGCCAAGGUCGCCGAAACCCUCAAGGACACCACCAUCAAGGAGGAAAAUGAAGACGAGGAGAUGGCCGAGGACUCGUUCUCUGCGACUACCUGUCUUUUCUGUCUUCAGGAGGCCGCCGAUGUCCAAGAAAACACCGAACACAUGCUCAAGGCUCACGGCAUGUUCAUUCCCGAGAAGGACUACCUCACCGACCUUGAAGGUCUUCUCCGCUACCUGCACCGCAAGGUCGAAAACAGCGAAUGUCUUUACUGCCAUAUGAUCCGGAACACUCCCGAAGGUAUCCGCACCCACAUGCGCGACAAGGGUCACUGUAUGAUCGCGUUCGAGUCCGAGGACGAGCAGAUCGAAAUCGGCCAGUACUACGACUUCCGGAGCACUUACUCGGACGAUGAGUGGGAGGACACUGGCAGCGAGACGCACGAGGAAGGUGGUGUCAAGGUUGUUGGGGAAGAUGAGGGAUGGGAGACGGAUGCCUCGAUGGAGGAUGACGAGGAGGAGCUGGACAACCGUAAGAGCCAGCCCGUUGUCUACGCCACCGAGUAUGAGCUGCAUCUGCCCUCUGGCCGGAGUGUCGGUCACCGCUCCCUCGCCAAGUACUACCGCCAGAACCUGCACAACUACCCUACCGCCGAAGAGCGUGCGGAGCGUCAGCUCGCCAUCGAGAACGGCGAGAUCGAGGAGGAGGAGCAGAAGCCUCGCGGCCGCAAUCUCAACCGUGCUCUUAUCACUCGUGCCAACGGCGGUACUGGUAUGAUUGGUACGACAGAUUCCCAGAAGAGAGACGUGAUGAUCAGUGAACGCAAGGAGCGCCAGAGAGCCAUCCGGCAAGAGCUGCGCUACACGGCACGUCUCAACCGGGCUGCCAACCACCAGAAACACUUCAGAGAUCCUCUCCUGCAAUGAUCUCAUACAUUUCGUCUUGCCUCGUAUGUUGAUGAGUAUAUGAAUCAUUCAGGGUAUUUCUUUAUGUUUCCGCAUUGCCGUGUUCUGUUGGCAUCUGUUCUGGAGUUGGGCUGGGCACAUGCUUUGUUAUGACAAAAGUAGUGAAUCAAUAGAGUAGAUCAUGAUCCGCUGGUCUGCUGUACUCCGUAG